UCAGUUUGAAUUUAAGGUUCAUUUUGUGCGUCAUUUUUCUUAUGCACCGGUUAUCUUUCAUAUGCAUGAUCGAAAUUGAAUCAUUGAUUUGAAUGCAAUGCGAAUUAACUUAUCUUUAAUUGAUGUCGACUAAAUUGAAUCUCUUAAAGAGCCGAAGAUCCGAUCAGCUCGUAGGAUGUUCCCUUCGUCAUAAUUUAGUGAACUGGGUAGCAAAUGAGUGAGCUGGUGAGCUGCGGUUCUUUUGAAAAGAGCUGUGAGCUGUCAGCUCACUUCAAUGAUUCGAUUCACUGGAACAGCUCAGGAGCGAAUUGCCCAUCUCUAUUAUUUAGCAAAGAAAGGAUAACGAGCAUAGCACAAUCAACGCAGAAAGGUGUCGGUAUUAAAUUCUCGAUUCGUUCGAGUUUCUUGUAACAGUUUUCUUUUUCGACUGAAUAGGAAGAUUACUUUCAAUAGAUCUUCGAUUAGUACGCGGCGUGUCUGCUCGCACUAAUACUAAGGAACUCGAAAAAGCAGGGGUGCAGUGACUUUUCUAUCUUCUAUAACCUGUAUAAUUUGGCGGGUGAUUACUCUUGAUUCGGCAGAAGAAAUUGCAUCUCGAACAGAAUGGGUGAUGGUGCUGAGGCUUUCGACGACGCAGUAGAAGAACGGGUCAUUAAUGAAGAGUACAAGAUAUGGAAGAAGAAUACACCUUUUCUGUACGACCUUGUAAUGACUCAUGCGCUGGAAUGGCCGUCAUUAACUGCUCAAUGGUUGCCGGAUGUGACUAAACCGGAAGGCAAGGAUUACUCCGUCCAUAGACUGAUUUUAGGUACGCAUACCUCUGAUGAACAGAAUCAUCUGCUGAUUGCUAGUGUGCAGCUGCCAAACGAAGAUGCCCAAUUCGAUGCCAGUCAUUAUGACAACGAAAAGGGUGAGUUUGGCGGAUUUGGAUCAGUCUCGGGGAAAAUUGAAAUAGAAAUCAAGAUUAACCACGAAGGAGAAGUAAAUAGGGCCAGAUACAUGCCGCAGAAUCCUUGUGUGAUUGCUACUAAAACGCCGUCUAGUGAUGUCCUCGUGUUUGACUACACUAAACAUCCCAGCAAACCUGAACCUAGUGGAGAAUGUCAUCCAGAUUUGCGUCUUAGAGGACACCAGAAAGAAGGCUACGGCUUGUCAUGGAAUCCAAACCUUAACGGGUAUUUGUUGUCUGCCAGCGAUGAUCAUACUAUUUGCUUGUGGGAUAUCAACGCUACUCCAAAAGAACAUCGUGUAAUUGAUGCAAAGAACAUUUUCACCGGACAUACUGCUGUUGUUGAGGAUGUGGCAUGGCAUUUGUUGCAUGAAUCUUUAUUUGGCUCUGUGGCAGACGACCAGAAACUAAUGAUUUGGGAUACCCGGUGUAACAACACAUCCAAACCAUCGCACACAGUCGAUGCUCACACAGCCGAGGUCAACUGUCUUAGUUUUAAUCCUUACUCUGAGUUUAUUCUGGCUACGGGCUCAGCGGAUAAAACUGUGGCGUUGUGGGAUCUUCGCAAUCUAAAAUUAAAAUUGCAUUCGUUCGAGUCGCACAAAGACGAAAUCUUCCAAGUCCAGUGGUCUCCUCACAAUGAAACCAUAUUGGCAUCAUCGGGAACCGAUCGCAGGUUACAUGUGUGGGAAAUGUUCAAAAUCGGUGAAGAACAAAGCGCAGAGGAUGCGGAAGACGGUCCACCAGAACUACUGUUUAUACAUGGUGGUCAUACGGCGAAAAUUUCCGAUUUUUCGUGGAAUCCGAACGAACCGUGGGUCAUUUGUUCGGUUUCAGAGGAUAACAUAAUGCAGGUUUGGCAAAUGGCUGAGAACAUCUACAACGACGAAGAGCCAGACGUACCAGCAAAUGAGAUUGAAACUGGUGCAACAUGAGGCAAAGAAUAUAUUCAAGUGAUGUUGUGUAUUGUUUUAGAUAAGUGUCGUUUCGUAAUUUCAAUCAUCUUGACUGUUGCUGCAGGGAAUUCCUAGUUUUAAAAACCUACAGAAUGGAUACUGAAAGGUCAACCGUUUUUUUAGAAAUACUGUAAUUCGGCUGGUUCCCAGAUUCCAGAAAUAAAUCGUUUCGCUACAACAACGUAA